ACUGUCACUGACAGGUGAAAUGGCGCAGAGAGGAAUUCAGAUGGACUCGGCAAAAUUCUGCUGUUCGAUCUGUCUGGAUCUACUGAAGGAUCCAGUGACUAUUCCCUGUGGACACAGCUACUGCAUGAGCUGUAUUAAAAGAUACUGGGAUGGAGAGGAGCAGAGGGAAAUCCACAGCUGCCCCCAGUGCAGACAAACCUUCACACCAAGACCUGUCCUGGUGAAAAACACCAUGUUAGCAGAAAUAGUGGAGGACAUGAAGAAGAUGGGACUCCAAGCUGCUCCUCCUAAUCUCUUCUAUGCUGGACCUGGAGAUGUGGCCUGUGAUGUCUGCACUGGGAGAAAGCUGAAAGCCCUCAAAUCCUGUCUGGUGUGUCUGGCCUCUUACUGUGAGCUGCACCUCCAGCCUCACUACGAUGCAGCUCCAUUAAAGAAACACAAGCUGGUGGAACCCACUGUGCAGCUUCAGGAGAACAUCUGCUCUCGUCACGAUGAGUGUAUCUGUUAUCUCUGCUCCAUGGAUGGACAUAGAGGCCACCACACAGUCUUAGCUGCAGCAGAAAGAACCAAGAGGCAGGAAGAGCUCGGGCUGAGUCGGCAAAAAAUCCAGCAGAGAAUCUGGGACACAGAGAAAGACGUGAAGGUGCUUCAGCAGGAGGUGGAGGCCAUCAAUCGCUCUGCUGAUAAAGCAGUGGAGGACAGUGAGAAGAUCUUCACUGAGCUGAUCCGUUUGAUUUACAAAAGAAGGUCUGAUGUGAAGCAGCAGAUCAGAUCCCAGCAGAAAGAGGAAGCGAGUCGGGCUGAAGAACUUCAGGAGAAGCUGAAGCAGGAGAUCGCUGAGCUGAGGAGGAAAGACGCUGAGCUGGAGCAGCUCUCACACACAGAGGAUCACAUCCAUUUUCUAAACAACUACUCCUCGCUGUCACGUCUCAGUGGAUCUACACACUCACCCAGCAACAAUUUCCGUCCUCUGAGCUACUUUGAGGAUGUGACUGCAGCUGUGUCAGAGCUGAGAAAGAAACUACAGGACCUUCCUACUGAGGAAUGGUCCAAGACCUCACUGACAGUGACUGGAGUGGAUGUUCUACUGCCACAACCAGAGCCCAAGACCAGAGCUGAACUCUUACAAUAUUCAUGUCAAAUCACACUGGAUCCAGACACAGCAAAUAAUUAUCUGUCAUUAUCUGAGGGGAACAGAAAAGUGACAGGAAUGGGAAAAGAUCAGUUAUAUCCUCGUCACCCAGACAGAUUCACUGGAAGGUAUCAGGUCCUGAGUAGAGAGAGUCUGACUGGACGUUGUUACUGGGAGGUGGAGAGGAGGGGGUCAGGUGUUUCCAUAGCAGUCGCAUACAACGAUAUUAGAAGAAAAGGUGAUGAGAGUCGAUUUGGAUUCGAUGACUUGUCUUGGACAUUAGAUUGUUCUAAUAAUGAGUUCAGACAUAACAGCAUCAAAACUCCCACAUCAGUCCCUGUGUCCUCCAGAGUAGGAGUGUACCUGGAUCACACAGCAGGUAUUCUGUCCUUCUACAACGUCUCUGAAACCAUGACUCUCCUCCACAGAGUCCAGACCACAUUCACUCAGCCUCUCCAUGCUGGAAUUAGAGUGCAUUCAAUCCUGCUCUACCUCAUCCCUCCACUGUACCACCCUGGACCACAACAAACCCAGCAGCAUCAACCCCCAGCAGCUGGUCCAUGUCACAUCAGUAUCCUCCACAACCUCCUAACAUCCAGCUGCCAGUGGAUCAACACCACCACCUGUCCAGCAGCCCAUGAAUCCACCACCACGUCCUGA